AUGAAAUUAACAUAUUACUACUAUGCAUUUUGCAUAAUAAAGUUGAUUGCUUCAUUAAGGUUGGAUAGUUAUAAGAACAAAAAUGUUUUCUUUUUGAAGCCUUUUUUUAAAAAUGUGACAGAUAUAAAAAAAGAAAGAAAGAAAUAUUUUGUAAACCCCUUUUUUUACGAUGGAAGAAAAAAUAAAAUAUCAAUUAAAUAUUCAAAUAAUGAAUUUGAUAAUAUAAAAUAUGAUAAUAAUAAUAGUUAUAAUUAUUGUUAUGAUAAAAAUAAGUAUGAUGACAAAAGGAAGAAUUCAAGAAAAAAUAUGCUUUACAUGAACAGUUCAGAAAAAGAUAAUUUGUUAAAUGAAAAUAUAUUAAAAAAGAAAUCGAAUGAAAAAGAAAUUGAACAAAGUCUUACACCAUUAAAUAUGGAUUGGGUAAAAGUAAUGAAUUUAAUAUAUUCGAGUAAUGAUAUUGAUGCUACAACAUUAGCAUUUAAUGCAGCUAUGUCAGCAGUAGAAAAAAAAGGAUGUUUAUCAUCAAUGUUAGAUUUAAUUGGGACAAUGAAAAGUAAAAAUAUCAAACCUGAUUUAGUAUCAUAUAAGCUAGUUUUAAGUUUAUGUGAUAAAUAUCAUUUGGCAGAUACAGCAGAAAUAUUAUUUGAAGAAAUGAUAGAAAAUGAUAAAAUUAAUCCGAAUUAUGAAAUAUAUGCUAUUAUGAUAAGUUGUUAUGCAAAAAUGGGAAAUGCAUAUAAAGCUAUUGAAGUGUUUGAAAAAUUAAGAAAUGAUCCAUUUAUUGAAGAAAUGAGAUCAUUGAAUAUAUCAAGUUCUACUGAUAAUAAAGAGAAUUCAAAUGAUCUACAAACAUCUAUAAUUCAAAAUGAAUUGAAAGAAAAUAAUAAUAAUACUACAGAAAAUAAUAAUAAUAUAUAUGAUGACAAAUUUAAACAAAUUAGUAAUCAAAUAAAAAAUGUAGAAAAUUAUUCAAGUAAAAUCCAAUAUAGCGAAUAUGCUAAUGUUAUUUAUGCAUGUAAUAUUUCGAAUUUAUAUGAACAAGGAAUUAAAUAUUUUGAAGAAUUAUUAAAAACUGGAAAAUAUAUGCCAUCCAUUUUUGUAUUUGAAAAUAUAUUUGAUUUAUUAAGUAAAAAUGGAGAUUAUGAAAAAUCAAUAGAAUAUUAUAAUAAUUUAAAAAAUGAUCCUAAUUUUAAAAAAAAUAUUAAUGUUAAUAUAUUAAAUAAUAUAUUAAAAUCUUUAAGUAUACAUAAUAAAAUUAAUGUUGCUGAAGAUAUUUGGAAUAAUGAAUUUGAUGAAUUAUUACUUACACCAAAUAAUUUGUCUUAUCAAAUAAUGUUAAAAAUUUAUAGUAAUAUAGAUAAUUAUGAAAAAGCAUUCAAAUUAUUUAAAGAAAUGCAAAUCAACAAAUUAUUAAAUAAUAAAAAUAUAUUACCAUUUUUAUAUACAAUAGAAUCUACCAAAAAUUGUGGAAUAUAUAAUUAUGCUAUAUAUGUAUUAAGAGUUGCUAAACUAUUAAAUUUUAAAUCAAAUGAUCUACUCAUGUUAUAUAAUAAUACAAUGAUUUCAUGCAUUAAUUCAAAAAAAUAUGAUGUUAUUAUAUCCUUAUAUGCUGAAUUAAUUAAUAUACAACAAAAAGAUACAUCUUUCCAAAUCAAUAUUAAUACACUUACUUUUGUUCUUCUAGCUUUUAAAGAAUUGGAUAUGAAACAAGAUUUUACGAAUCUCAAAAAUAUUAUAAUUCAAAGAAAUUAUAAAUUACCCCCACUAUGCUCAAAAAUAUUUAGCGAAACGGAAAAUGAUUAA